AUGGGCUUUUCCCUUUAUUUUUCCAUCGAGACAUGGACUCUAAUAGCCAUUGUCAUUUCUCUACUGGCACUCUAUGGAACUGCCCCAUAUAACUUUUUCAAGAAAUUAGGAAUCAAAGGUCCCAAACCAUUGCCUUUUAUUGGGACAUUUCUAGAGUACCGGCAGGGUAUCCAUAAUUUUGACCAAAAAUGUUUCCAAAAGUAUGGAAAGGUUUGGGGGUUGUAUGAUGGCAGACAGCCUCUUAUGGCCAUUAUGGACACAGCUAUGAUCAAAACCAUCUUGGUUAAGGAGUGUUACUCUGUAUUCACCAACAGACGGGAUCUGGGCUUAAAUGGGCCUUUGAAUGAUGCCGUCUCAAUAGUCGAAGAUGAGGACUGGAAGAGGAUUCGCAGCGUACUCUCGCCGUCAUUCACAAGUGGGAGACUUAAAGAGAUGUAUUCAAUAAUGCUGCAGCAUUCUAGUAAUCUACUCAAAAGUCUUCAGGGGAAAGUGGAUGCUGAUGAGGUCAUUAAUGUCAAAGAUGUUUUUGGACCUUACAGUAUGGAUGUUGUAGCAAGCACUGCUUUCAGUGUAGAUAUUGACUCUAUUAACCGCCCCGCUGAUCCAUUUGUGGCAAACAUUCAGAAAAUGACCAAGUUCAACUUCUUGAAUCCUUUGAUUGUGCUUGUUGUUCUCUUUCCAUUUCUGCGGCCACUGAUCGAGAAGAUGGAAAUAUCCCUCUUUCCCGCUGAUGUGUUGACUUUCUUCUAUAACUUCCUAAAGACCAUCAAAUCUGACCGAAAAAAAAACAAUUGCAAAGUAAAUUGGUCAAGACAGAUAUUUGAAGCUGGUGGUUGUACAUUUACUAGCCGAGUAGAUUUCAUGCAGUUGAUGGUGGACUCUCAGAUUUCAGAAUCCAGCAAAGAAAAUAUGAACGACCAAAAAGGCCUGACUGAUCACGAAAUCCUUUCUCAAGCAAUGAUAUUCAUAUUUGCUGGGUAUGAAACAAGCAGCAGCUCGAUGUGCUUCUUUGCCUAUAACCUAGCAACCAACCCUCACAUUCAGAAGGCCCUCCAGGAGGAGAUUGAUGAAACAUUUCCAAAUAAGGUUCGGCCAAACUAUGACGACCUGAUGCAGAUGGAAUACCUGGAUAUGGUGAUGAACGAGUCAGCGAGGCUGUACCCUAUUGCAACAAGACUUGAAAGGGUAGCAAAGACAUCAGUGGAAGUCUGUGGCGUUACUAUUCCUAAGAAUAGUGUUGUUAUGGUUCCAAUUUACGCUCUCCACCGGGACCCUUCUUUGUGGCCUGAACCGGAAUCUUUCAAACCUGAAAGGUUCGGUAAAGAAAACAAAGACAAUAUAGAUCCUUAUGCCUUCUUGCCAUUUGGAGCAGGACCAAGGAACUGCAUUGGCAUGCGAUUUGCUCUCCUGAUGAUGAAAUUGGCCUUGGUGGAAAUAUUGCAGCACUAUAGCUUUGUCACCUGCAAAGAAACAGAAAUCCCAUUGGAGUUGUCAAAUGAAGGAUUUACUUCACCCAAGAAUCCAAUCAAAAUUAAACUAAUGCCAAGAGCAACCACAUCAGAUUAA